AUGCAGAGAGGCAGAGACGCAGAGAGGUCUGUGGUCUCAGAGGUCUGUGGUCCCAGAGGUCUGUGGUCCCAGAGGUCUGUGGUCCCAGAGGUCUGUGGUCUCAGAGAUCUGUGGUCCCAGAGGUCUGUGGUCCCAGAGGUCUGUGGUCCCAGAGGUCUGUGGUCUCAGAGAUCUGUGGUCCCAGAGGUCUGUGGUCCCAGAGGUCUGUGGUCCCAGAGGUCUGUGGUCUCAGAGAUCUGUGGUCUCAGAGGUCUGUGGUCCCAGAGGUCUGUGGUCCCAGAGGUCUGUGGUCCCAGAGGUCUGUGGUCUCAGAGGUCUGUGGUCCCAGAGGUCUGUGGUCCCAGAGAUCUGUGGUCCCAGAGGUCUGUGGUCUCAGAGGUCUGUGGUCCCAGAGGUCUGUGGUCUCAGAGGUCUGUGGUCUCAGAGGUCUGUGGUCUCAGAGAUCUGUGGUCCCAGAGGUCUGUGGUCCCAGAGGUCUGUGGUCUCAGAGGUCUGUGGUCUCAGAGAUCUGUGGUCCCAGAGGUCUGUGGUCUCAGAGGUCUGUGGUCUCAGAUGUCUGUGGUCUCAGAGGUCUGUGGUCUCAGAGAUCUGUGGUCCCAGAGAUCUGUGGUCCCAGAGGUCUGUGGUCCCAGAGGUCUGUGGUCCCAGAGGUCUGUGGUCCCAGAGAUAUCGGAGGGCGACUCUGACCACCGCCCCGUCCACACGACCAAAGCCCAGAGCAGCUUCGUCCAUGAGCACUUCCAGGCUCAGUACAAAUCUUCUCUGACAUGUCCUCAUUGUCUGAAGCAGAGUCACACGUUUGACCCAUUCCUGUGCAUUUCUCUUCCGAUCCCGCAGCGUCAGACCAGGUCGCUGUCCCUGGUCCUGGUCUUCAGCAGCAAAGGCCAGCGGUACCUGCGGGUGGCGCUGUCCGUGCCGCUGUUCGGGUCGGUGGGGUGUCUGCGGAGGUUGGCGGCGGAGCAGGGCGGCUUGUCUCCGGACCAGGUGAUCCUGACUGAAGUGUACUCCAGUGGUUUUCAGCGGUCGUUCUUCGAUGAGGACGAUGUCUCCAGUAUCACAGAGAACGACGUCAUCUACGCCUUCCAAGCCCCGCCCCUUUACAUCCGGGCCGGCUACACUCGCCUCUCAGGGUGCCACCACAGCCUGCCCUCCUCCCCGUUGGCAGUGGCCGUGGUCGGGGGCAGAAUGACGGCGUCUGCAGCAGUGUCCACAGAGUUUCUGCCUCAGAGCGUCACACACAAGGUCCUGCUGCUGGUCUGCAACGCAUCAGGCACUGGGCAUCAGGUGGUCAGGUUUGGGCCCCCGUUCGUGAUGAGGGAGGACCGGGGGGUGUCCUGGGAGCAGCUGCAGCAGAGCGUCCUCAGUAAACUCUACUACCUCAUGGUGAACGGAGCACAGCCGCAGCUUCAUCUUAGCUUCAUCCGAGCUUCAUCUGAGCUUCAUCUGAGCUUCAUCCGAGCUUCAUCCGAGCUUCAUCUUAGCCGCAUCCGAGCUUCAUCCGAGCUUCAUCUGAGCUUCAUCUUAGCUUCAUCUGAGCUUCAUCUGAGCUUCAUCUUAGCUUCAUCUGAGCUUCAUCUGAGUUUAUCUGAGCUUCAUCUUAGCUUCAUCUCAGCUUCAUCUCAGCUUCAUCUUAGCUUCAUCUGA